GUGGAAAACAUGGAACACGACGUGGCUAUCCGCAUACAAGUGAACGAAACCAUCAUAUUACUUGCAGUGCAAUGCAUACGCAAUGUACUUUUAACAAAAAAGAAAAAAGAAGGAAUAGGACGAUUUGGGUCCGUGACUGGAUAAAUAGAAGAGAAAAUCUUGGAGCCAGUACUCGUUUGUUGGUCGAAAUGCGAGCAGAAGAUAGUGAGGGUUAUCAAAAUCAUUUACGUAUGCUUCCGCAUCAGUUUGACGAGUUACUCUCUGAAAUUGAAAAUGCUAUACAAAAACAAGAUACACAUAUGCGAAAUGCUAUUCCAGCUAAAAUCAAAUUGGAAGUUACACUGAGAUACCUUGCAGCUGGAGAUUCCAUGUACACAUUAGAAGCACUUCACAGGGUUGCGAGAUCUACCAUAGCUCAAUUUAUACCAGAAGUUUGUGAUGCAAUAUACAGCGCUUUGAAGGAUUAUAUGCGGAUUCCGUGCCAUGAAGAAUGGAAGCGUAUUGAGCAUGGAUUUCAAACUAAAUGGAACUUUCCAGGAUGUAUUGGGGCGCUGGACGGCAAACACAUAAGUAUACGUGCUCCUGAUGAUACUUCCGAUUAUUACAAUUAUAAGGGUGCCCACAGCACUAUACUUCUCGCAUUAGUUGACGAUAAUUACUGUUUUUCAUAUGUAAAUGUUGGAACUAAUGGGAGAGCGUCUGACGGCGGUGUUUUUCAACGAUCAAAGUUGGCACAAGCUUUAGAAAAUAAUACUCUUAAUUUAACAGAGCGAUCGAUAAUUGUGGCAGACGCGGCUUUUCCUUUAAAGACUUAUCUAAUGAAGCCCUACCCACGAACACCAACGCAUAAAGAACAAGUGUUUAACUACCGUUUGUCGAGGGCUAGACGAAUUGUAGAAAAUGCGUUUGGUAUUUUAGUCACAAGAUUUCGAGUUCUUCUGAACACUAUAGAUAUGAGACCAAAAAAUGUUGAUAGUAUUGUAUUGGCUGCUUGCUCGUUACAUAAUUGACUGCGAAAAACAUCCGAUAUGUACAUCACUCACAGAUGCGUCGAUUUUGAAGAUGUACAACAACGUGUUGUUGUACCAGGAGCAUGGAGGACACAACUGCGUACAGCUAUGGGAAGCCUACCACCUGCGCGUCAUAGUAACCAUGCCUCUCGAAAGGCAGAAGCAAUAAGAAACGCUUAUGCACAACUUUUUGAAACUACAGAAGCGGUACCAUGGCAAGACCAUAUGAUAUAAACAACCUGUACUUAUAGUAUAUACACGUAUUAUGUUCUAUACAAAACUCUAGGCGA